AUGUUCCGCAUUUCAAUAAUAAAUGCGUACCUGCCUGAUUUAGCACAACCAGAGCCCGGAAUAUUUAUCGACAACAAAAUUAUAUUAUUUGAUAGUUAUAACGCUGGCAUUGGCAAGACCAAUGCUUUUUCCUUGGAUCUUUCUGUGAAUUGGACCACAUCAGAACCAGCAUUCACCCAAAUUGGUAAUACACUAAAUGGGUUGACGUUUCGCCGUACUGCUUUUAAUGCGCUUAAAAAAAACAAUCGUUCGUUAAUAUAUGCUUUUGGCGGAUUAAUUCCGACCAAUGCAAAUAAUUGGAAUCGAGGAAAUUUUUCAAACGACUUUUAUAAAAUUGAUGUAACGUCUUAUCCAAUUUCAAUUUCGCUUAUAUCCGGAAAUACUAGACCAAGCGUGCGAUGCGCUCUUAGUUCAAUUUUUGAUGAAAAAGGAAAACUUUAUAUCUGGGGUGGAAAUACCGUUAAC